AUUCUUAGAUGAAAUUUUCUACAAGGCUAGAUUUGUUCUUUCACACAAUCAAUUUGCUUCACUGGGUUGAAUGCUUUUCGAAUUUAGAUAGCUGAGCUGUGUUGUUUAAGGCAUCAUUUUUCCGGUGUUGCAUGAUUUGUUUUGUGAAGUUGAGUUGAAUUUUGUUUGUUGCAACUUGCAACUCAGUAAUUAUAUGGCUGCCUUGGGAAGGUGAUGUCCUGUUUGUGAAUAUUGGUUUGUUUCAUGUCUCUGUCACAGCGGUCCUUCUUGCAAACUGUUGAUUGAGGAUUUUGUUCAGUUGUAAUGUUCUCUUUGAAAUUUUCUAUAUUUGUGAUGGUCUCAUUAGUCAUAAGUAUAACCAUGUCAAUUAUUUUGGAUUUCUGUCUAUUAAUAUUGAUAAAUGUCAUAUCCUGCUCACUAAAAGUUUUAAUGGUAUAAAAUAGAACUUUUGUCCUGCUCACUAAAAGUUUGUUAUUUUUAUUGCUUCUUCAUUUAACUAAUUUGGAUUUUACUGUCUUCACAGUUGGCUGUAUUCAUAUAUAUUGAUAAUUUAUGCCGGUAAAUAAAUGUUUUGAAGGAUAUGAAUAUGAAACAAAGGCUUAAAAGGAUAAGAAACCUUAAAUGUUUUGCAGAUUAUUGCCAUGUUGAAGGAGAAACUUGGAGUGAAAUCAGAUAAAGAUCUGCCAAUGGUGGAUUACAGAAUACUCAAGUGGGUCACCCAAGAUGAAGAUGAGCUUAAAGAAACCACCAAGGGUCGAGUCCAAGCAGUAAUUCUUGACAUGACAAACUUGAUGAAUGUUGAUACUUCCGGAAUUCUAGCUCUUGAGGAACUGCACAAGAGGUUGCUUUCACGUGGUGUAGAAGUAAGGCUACUCUGAAUUUGAUUAUAUUCUUUGACAUUAAUAUACACAGGAUUAAAUAUGUUUUUACAUUACUAACAGCAAAUAAGUGAAUGGUCCAAAUUUCUAUAAAUAAAAGAAGAUAAUUUUUUUUUAACAUAAGACACAUUUUUAAAAAUGAAACACUAAAAUAAGAUGAUCUUUUGUAGAAAGACUA